AUGCAGCUUGGACUGUUUGUGGUGGUGGUUUUUCUAAGCUCCAUGGAUCUAACAGGCAGCAGCAAAGUGGUGAAGGGCAAGAGGCAAAGACGAAUCAGCACCGAGCUGAGUCAGGGCUGUGCCAGAGGCUGUGACCUGUGCUCUGAGUUCAAUGGGUGCCUGAGAUGUUCCCCCAAGCUCUUCAUCCUUCUGGAGAGGAAUGAUAUCCGGCAAAUUGGGAUUUGCCUACCGUCUUGUCCACUGGGAUACUUCGGCCUUCGCAACACAGACAUGAACAAGUGCAUCAAAUGCAAAAUUGAGAACUGUGAGUCCUGUUUCAGUCGAAACUUUUGCACAAAAUGUAAGGAAGGUUGGUAUUUGCACAAAGGGAGAUGUUACAUCACAUGCCCUGAAGGCUACUCUGCUGCCAACGGCACCAUGGAGUGCAGCAGUCCUGCACAAUGUGAAAUGAGUGAGUGGGGACCCUGGGGGCCCUGCUCCAAGAAGAGGAAGCUCUGUGGCUUCAAGAAGGGCAACGAAGACCGAACAAGGCAGAUUCUCCAGGCGCCCUCGGGAGACGUGUCCCUGUGUCCUCCCACCACGGAGGUGCGGCGCUGCACCGUGCAGAAGAGCCAGUGCCCCGAAGGUGAGCGGAAGAAAAAGGAAGAGCAAGGAAAACAAGACAAUGGGAAUGGGAACAGAAACCAGAAAGACACCAAAGACGCAAAGUCUGGCACCAAGAAGAGGAAAAGCAAACAGAGAGGGGCUGUGGCCCCUGCAACAUCCACUAGCCCUGCCCAGUAGCUGCCCCUUUACGUCACCUGAUGGCAAGACUUCAUUGCUGCUAUGUAUAUGAAAGCUUUAUUGAACCAGAGCACUGCUACACAACACGUACACAUGUCCAGACAGACAGACAUAUACUCCCAGACUGACAGAAACCACCUAGCUGGUAUUUAAGGAGGCUGCACACACCCCCACCCAGGAUGGCAGCAGGAUGCUGAGGGGGAGCAGGAGCCCACCUCCCCAGGGGACACUGCAGGGAGGAGACCUGGAGCAUGAGUCAGUGAAGGACCCAGACAUGAGACUUCAUGACCAAAGGCCUCAACUCACCGC